AUGGAGGCAAGCGACAGGCUCAGGGAGAUGGAGGGUUCGAGCUCUGCCAAUCGGGAUGGAGGCAUGCGACGGGCUGAGGGAGAUGGAGGGUUCGGGGGGUUCGGGGGGUUUAAAAAUAAAGGGGUGAGAGGGAUUGAGGCAAGCGUGCAUGGGUUCAGGGUGGGGGUUCGUUCAGGCGGGCAUGACAAGGAGAAAGGCUUUGGUUCCAAGAGACUGAACCCCUUUUUGGCCUCUACGUUCAAGUACAAGAAAGGGACUGGAAAUACUUCUGAAACUGACUCAGCUGUGUGCUUGACUGACUUCGAAGAUGAUGAACAGAACCCCUUUUUGGCCUCCACAUUCAAGUGCAAGAAAGGGACUGGAAAUACUUCUGAAACUGACUGUGCUGUGUGCUUGACUGACUUCGAAGAUGAUGAACAUGUUCGGCAGCUUCCAAGAUGCAAGCACUCCUUCCAUGCACCGUGUAUUGACAUGUGGCUCUAUUCUCACUCCGACUGCCCACUCUGCCACACUACCGUCGACAGACUAAGUAAACAACCAGAGGAGAACUCCUCCCGGUAA